AUGAUUGAAUUCUAAAGUAAGUAGUUUUUGAAUGAAACAUUAAAAGGGCAAGAUCUUUACAAUUAUAGUUCAAAUAUUUAGCAUUUAAAUUUGAAUAACUAGCAAUAGGAAAAGUAAAAGGAAAAACAUGCUCUAAAUUAGCUAAGGCUUCUAAGUGAGUACGUAGAAUACAAUGAAUCUUUUGGAGCAUGGGGUGAAGAGUCUUUAGUUGCAGUUUAAGAACAUUAAAAGAAAAAUGAAAAGCUAAAAAAUGAAAAAGGGAUUUUAAGCUAAAAAUAGAAAAUGAUGUUUAAAAAUACCCUUAAUGAAAUGAGUUAAGCUCUUUGCAAUUUAGAAAAUGGCAGCAAAAAAAAUAAUCAAUUAAUAAUUCCUAAGUAAAAGUUAAAAAGUAAUCUUUAAGUUAAGGAAAAAGCAAAGGUUGUGCAAUAUGAGUUUGACAGUGUAGAUAUCAUUAGCGAUUUAAAAAAGCUGAGAGAUGAUCUUUAAGAAUCACCAGAUAGGCUUACAAAAGUUAGAGGAAAUAAUGCUAAUGAAAUUAUUUAUCCUUAAAAGUGCUAAACAUCUUAAGAGUAAAAAUACUUAAAAUAAAAAUCAUAACUUAGCUUUAAUGAUGAAAGUGUAAUUUCAAUGAAUAUGAAUGCUUAAAUAAAUGAAUGUGCUAUUUCUUAAGAUUAAAAUCCAACUUAGCGCUCUAGAAGUAUAUCCACAACUGCAAAUUAAAGAAUAAGGAAAGAUCAAUAGCUAAUUAAGUAAAACUGCGAUACUUAAUUAAAAACUCAAGAAAGUUCUCUAUUAUAAAAUGGAUAGUAUAGUAACUUACUUGGUAGUUGUGGAAACAGCAAACUGUAAAAUAUUUAAAAUAUUCGAUAUCCCACUAACGGGUGCAAUGUUAAUGCUAGCGUACCUUAGUCAUAUAAUUAAGAAAAGGGAAUAUUACAUUACAUAAUAAAAAUGAAAUCUAAAGAUAUCAAUAACAUAAAAGUUAAAGAUAACUUAAGUAUUAGUAAGAAUUAUACAGUGUGCUAAAAUACAGUUGGACUUUCAACAGCUAUUUCAGAAACAGCACCUGCUACACCAUAAGCUUAAACUUAAAUUUUAGGAAAAUAAAAUUAAAACUUUGUAAUUCAAAAAAAGCUUGGGAGAUAACUAUUUGACUUUGAAAACAAAUAAUGUAAGAUUUAAAGCAUUUAGAAUAAUCCAAAUUAACUUAAUGCGAAUGAGUUAAAUCAAUCUUUAAAUUUACUAGAGUAAGUAAACUAAUGUAGAGAAUCAAAAAUUUAAAAUCAAAACUAAAAUGUUUUCGAAGAAAAAUAAAAUUAAUUCUCUAAAUCAUAAAGCAGCAGUCAAAAAAAAAUAUAAUUAAAUGAUACUCUUAGAAAUUAUAAAUAAAUUCUAUCAGCAAGAAAAGAUCUACAAAAUCAGCACUAAGGCCAAAUAUUAUAACAAGAACUUGUUAAGAAUGAUUUAUAAAGCUUGUGUUAAUAAAAUAAGGAAGAGAUGUAUAAUUUUGAGUCUAGUUCAAAGUUUUUAUUAAAGAAAAGUGUUUCUAGUUCAUUUUAAUAAAAUGAAGAAAUCUCAAAAGACAACAAUUCAAUAUCUAUUAAUAUGUCUAACAGCAAAAGAAUGAGUUGCUAAGAAAUAAAUAUUAACAGAUAAUCAAAUUUACUCCUGAUUUAAGAUGAAGGUUAAGGUAAACAAUGUCUAGCAACACAGCCAAUAGAAGAAAAUGAAAAUGAAAAUAUAAAUCAAUUUAAAAGAAAAAGUCUAACUCAACAGGUUAGAUAAGAUGUUAUCUAGCACCACAAAUAAAAAUCUAAGGAAAAUAUUAGCAAAUAAGAUUUAUUAAAAAUUUAAUUCUUUGAAAAAGUUAAGAAUAAAAUUAUGCAAACAACAACAACAGCAGUGCCUACUUCUUCAUCUCAUAGAGUUUCUAACUCAUUAAAUUUGAAUAAAAACUAAAAUAUUUGUUAAUAACUAGUCAAUCUUACUAAUAGCUAGACACCUUUGAAUUCAUAAUCUGUAACCCCAACCAAUAAUCACAAUAAAGCAAAUUUAAGUUAUAACUAAAAUAUUUCUUUUUCUCGAGCAAUAGCUGGAAAUAGCUUACCUUUUCAGAAAAAGGAAAUUUAAACUUAAAGAGGCAGUAUUAAUUUGAAAUAGAAUAGUAACAACCUUGAAGGAGAAUGCACAGUUGGAAAUAAUUUAUGUAUUAAAUCAACUUCAUUGCCUAAAAAGUUCUCCAAAUAAGAAUAAGAAAACUAACCAAUAUCAUAUUAAGACAAGAAAACCAUUAAAAAUCAACAAAAUUUUAAUGAAAUAAAGACUAAAGUUCCCAUAGUUUAAAUGCUAACAAACAGAAUAUCAAGAGAGUCUAAUUUACUAAUGAGCAAUAUAUUAAAAGAAAAAAACAUUAAUAUAAGUUCUUAAAAUUUAAAUUAAAAAGAUGCAUAGCAAAACCCUAAUGUUUAUAAAUCAAUAAGCUUGAGUUUUAACCCAUUUAACAAUAACUACUUCGAAAACACUAAUUAAGAUAAAAAUAUUACCCCAAAAAAUAUAUAAAUUUAAUCUAAUUAAUAUUAAGCUUAAAGUUUAUAAGAAAAUAGAUUAUCAUCUCUUCUCCCAUAAUAAUAAUAAUAAAUGAAUCCUUUAAAGGGUAAUAAAAUCAUAAAAUAAAUUCCUAAAAUUCCAAAACCAGUGUCAUUAAAAAUUAAAAAUAAUGAAACUGAUUAUGAAAUUUAUUAAUGA